ACCGGGAUAAAUCAGGAAGUGAUAAGGUUACCGCCUCACGUGAGAACUCAGGAACACUGAUCAUGAGCGGCCAAGCAGCAGCAGCAGCAGCAGCAGCAGGAGGAGGGAGCGGGCAACCGGUUGAUGCAGUGUGCAAGAAGCGGGAAGAUUACUUAGAAUGGUGUGAGUAUUUUAUGGCUGUCGCCUUUUUAUCAGCUCAGAGGAGUAAAGAUCCAAGUUCCCAAGUUGGAGCAUGUAUUGUAAGUCCUGAAAAUAAGAUUGUUGGUAUUGGGUACAAUGGGAUGCCAAAUGGCUGUCAUGAUGAUGUCCUUCCAUGGGCGAGGACAGCAAAAGACAGACUUGACACCAAAUAUCCAUAUGUUUGCCAUGCCGAGUUGAAUGCCAUUAUGAACAAAAAUUCUGCCGAUGUAAAAGGCUGUGUCAUGUAUGUUGCUUUGUUUCCAUGCAAUGAGUGUGCUAAAUUAAUCAUCCAAGCAGGUAUUAAAGAAGUGAUAUACAUGUCGGAUAAGUAUCAUGAUUCACCAGAAAUGAAAGCUUCAAGGCACAUGUUUGACCUAACUGGUAUCAAAUACACGAAAUUUGUUCCCAAGCGGAAAAAUAUAGUCAUUGACUUUGAUUCGAUCAAUAACAGCAGACAGAGUCCAGCACCUUUGUGAAGACUUGGAAGUAUUUCUAGUUACUGUUGUAUGAUCCAUCCUGGCUUUGCAGAUUCUCGCUGGUAUAAGGAUGUAAAGUUAGAUGUUCUCUGUACCUACAUAAAUUGUCCCUGCUGCUUUUUGGGUCUGUUACUGUAAAUGCAAGCCUAGAUACACCAAAUGCUGCACUGUUGUUUUUGUUUAAAUGUGAUGAUGGAUAACAAGUAUGCACAAACUGUUACGGAGUGGUUGUUUUUUAUUAGGUCCUGUGUUGUAUCUAAAAGUUUCUUUAGAUUUUGCUGUAUUAUGUAUUUUUAACUUUUUUUCUUUUCUUGUUCUUUUUUUCAUAUUCAAGUCUUGUUCCGUAUAGCAAUCUCAUGAUAAAUAUCUGUUAAAUGUUUGUGCUACUAGAUUUUACUAUUGUUUUUUUUUUUUUUUAAUAUAUAUAAUAUUUUAAAAGAAUUGUCGAUGCUCGUUUUCCAAAUGAUACUCUGUAUGUUCAUUAGACCAAUCCUUUUAUAGCUUUACUGUACAUUAAAUUGCCUCCUAACUUUAACAUCCUAGCUUUUCUAAAAAAAAAAAAAAAAUAUAUAUAUAUAUAUAUAUAUAUAUAUAUAUAUAUAUAUAUAUAUAUAUAUAUAUAUAUUCCUAUUAUGUUUUUAUUAAACAUUGGAUUAAAAACUGUCAUGCCUGGAUUUUUCCCCUCACCUUUGUAAUACUUGGUAAAGGUCACACAGCUAGUAAAGUUGAAAAAAGUCACUUGUUCCUUCCGUACAAUUGAUCCAGAACAGGGAGAAAUGAUACUUUUAUCGCAACAGGUGUCAUUAUUGCAUAAUGCUGAGGCGAUGCCCUUCCCUCUGUCCACCAAAAAUGAAACCUUUCUGGUUAACUAUCACCUACUGUAGUAAUGUCCUGUAGUAAUUAUACCUACUGUACAGAUACCAUUUCUUGUAAGAAAGGCAUCCAGUCCAUUUGAAGAUUGUUGGUAAACUUUCUAACCUACCAGUUACGAUUCUGCAGCUUUAACCACUGUUACAGCAACUAAACCAUUACUAUGGGGAUGGUGUAAAAUGCAUAAAAAAUGUGUUGAUGCUUGUUUUCCAUAUGAUGCUCUGUAUGUUCUUUAGACCAAUCCUUUUAUAGCUGUACUGUACAUUAAUUUGCCUCCUAAAUUUAACAUCCUAGUUUUUCUAACCCCUUAAUACUUUAACCCUUCCAUUCUGUUCUAGAAGACGUUUGCAACCUCACACUUUUCUAUGUCCUUAUAGUGAGAUGCCCAAGAUGGCAUCCAUAUUCCUCAUUUGUCCCCUUUUUAUGUAUCUUCGUAUUUUCUUCCCUAUUCUGCUGCUAAUCUUUUUCCUCUUAGCUAGUGCUCUUAGGCCGGGUACACUCUAGAACGAUGUGUAUCCGGACGAUAUGGCACUGCAUGCGAUAUCGUACUGUUGGCUUUGCAGCAUGGCUGAUUGGAUGAUAUUGCAUGUGACCGCUGGAGCGCACAGAUUCAGCGUAUCUGCUGAAUGAUUUGGCAGAUAUAGCGGUCUGAUUUUAUUCAAUAAAGUUUGGAGACAUACCAUGGCAGUUUCUUUUUUUUAUUUCAUUUGUAAGAAGCAUUCAGAAUGGUUAGACACAUCUUGUGAGUAUAAGAGUGGUAAGGAAUGAUCAGUGUCGAAAACUCAUCUGUAACUGUAUUGAAUCUAGUAAAGAAUACAGUAAUAUAUCAAAGGAUUAUCUAAAGAGACAUUUGGUAUAUCUGCGUCUUUGUCUAGAUCUGCUCCUGAUCCUUCUACUACAAUCUGUUAGGUGCAGCAAUUAUAAAAUCAAUGUCAAAUAUAUAUACAGGUUGAGUAUCCCAUAUCCAAAUAUUCCGAAAUACGGAAUAUUCCGAAAUACGGAAUGUUUGGAGUAGAACAGAGAUAGUGAAACCUUUGUUUUCUGAUGGCUCAGUGUACACAAAGUUUGUUUAAUACACAAAGUAAUAAAAAAUAUUGUAUUAAAUGACCUUUAGGCUGUGUGUAUAUGAAACAUAAAUUAAUUGUGUGUAUGUACACACACUUUGUUUAAUGCACAAAGUUAUUAAAAAUAUUGGCUAAAAUGACCUUCAGGCUGUGUGUAUAAGGUGUAUAUGUAACAUAAAUGCAUUCUGUGCUUAGAUUUAGGUCCCAUCACAGUGAUAUCUCAUUAUGGUAUGCAAUUAUUCCAAAAUACGGAAAAAUCCGAUAUCCAAAAUACCUCUGGUCCCAAGCACUUUGGAUAAGGGAUACUCAACCUGUACUACUUCAGAACAGAGGUCGUUGACACAUAAGAUCCUGACACAGAAUGACUCAUUAAAAAAUUAGAACAAAUUAAAAAUAUAGUAGGAAUAGAAGAAGGGGGGAGAACGUGGACAGUAUGUACUGUUUAGUGUGUUUUACGGUGUAUUGCAGUUGCCUCAUACCGCUUUAAUUCAAUAUGUCUUGUAUUUACUGUCACAUAAAUCAGGGGGUUAUUUGCAUGUAUUGU